GGAGGAGAGAGAGAAAGAAAGUGACGAGAUUGCAAGAGUCAACCGACCCUUUUUGGAUCCUUAUGUUUGUAAGGCUUCGAAGACUCCACAUGUUCCAUUUUAUCUUUUACCCUUUUUCCUUCUCUCUCACUCUUCCUUCUCCCCUUUCUCUGUCCAAAUCUACAGACGUUUCAUUUUCUCUCUCUUUUUUUCCCUCUAUUUUUUUAAUCCUUCUGAAACCUUACCAUAGUCAAGCAUGCAUCAAGAGAAAGCGAUGACGCACUUUGUGGAGUAGGGUUCAAGUUGUUCCAUAUUGAUCCUUCCCCUCCCUCUUCAUUUGAGCAUCAUCAGAAACUACUACUCUCAUAAGCCCCCAGGUCCCCCCGGCGUGGGUUGGAGAAGGAACGGAUUCCUCUCUUUCUCUCUCCAAAUUAAAAAAAAAAGAAGACUUUUUCUUAGAGGCGAGCCACUGGGCUUUAUCCUUUUGUCUCCCCCUACAUCUCUCUACGUCUGUCAAUAGUAAUAUUAUUUUUAUAAGCAUGAAGGUUCGCUGUUGUUGGCCUUCUUGAGUGUGUAUAUUUACGAGGCAGAAUUCGGGGAGAACCAGUUGAUAUUUUAGUUUGAAAAUUUCCGGGUUGGAAGCUUAUCGCGGAACAAGGCCUAGCAAUUGCAGCUUGCUUGGAAAUCAGUGCGUAAAUUUGCGUAGAAGAAGAGUCGAAGAAGCUUUUUCUUUGAUGAGCUUUGUGGGUUUUCCAGAUAUUCCUCCUUACAGCAGCAACGAUUCUUCUAGAAUGCCCUCUGGUGCAAUCUCACAGCCUCGCCUUCUCACUUCUACUCCCGCAGCUAAAACCAUGUUCAACUCUCCUGGCCUCUCACUUGCCCUUCAAACGGAUAUAGAUGGGCACAGGGACGGAAAUAGAAUGUCUGAGAAUUACGAGAUGAAUGUUAAUGGAAGAAGAAGCAGAGAAGAAGAGCAAGAAAGCAGAUCUGGAAGUGAUAACCUGGAAGUUGCUUCCGGCGACGACCAAGAUGCCUCCGAUCACCCUCCCAGGAAAAAGCGCUAUCACCGACACACCCCUCAACAGAUACAAGAACUUGAAGCUUUGUUCAAGGAGUGUCCUCACCCGGAUGAGAAGCAGAGAUUGGAACUGAGCAAGAGGCUUUGUUUGGAAACAAGGCAAGUGAAAUUUUGGUUCCAGAAUAGAAGAACUCAGAUGAAGACCCAAUUGGAACGCCAUGAGAACGCACUGCUCAGGCAAGAGAACGACAAGCUUAGAGCUGAGAACAUGUCCAUUAGGGACGCCAUGAGGAACCCCAUUUGCUCAAACUGUGGGGGACCAGCUAUAAUGGGAGAAAUUUCACUGGAAGAACAGCAUCUUCGGGUGGAAAAUGCCCGGUUAAAGGACGAACUAGACCGGGUUUGUGCCCUCGCCGGCAAGUUCCUCGGCCGUCCGGCUUCUUCAUAUCCCAACUCAAUGGCUCCUCCAUUGGCGAACUCAAGUUUGGAGCUGGGAGUCGGAAGCAAUGGCUUUGGCGGUAUAAGCACUGUGACCGCAACAUUGGCCAUGGGGCCCGACCUGGGUGUGGGGAUUUCUAGCCCUUUAGCCAUGGGAACUCCUCCUCAUGCUGCCCCGACUAGACCGGCCGUUCUUGAAAGAUCAAUAGAGAGGUCUAUGUUUCUAGAGCUUGCUUUGGCUGCCAUGGAUGAAUUGGUGAAGAUGGCCCAGACUGAUGAGCCUCUAUGGAUGAGGAGUCCGGAAGGUGGGAGAGAAAUCCUGAGCCAUGAGGAGUACUCAAGGACUUUCACGCCUUGCAUCGGCGUAAAACCUAACGGCUUUGUCUCUGAAGCCUCAAGGGAGACUGGAAUGGUCAUCAUAAACAGCUUGGCCCUCGUCGAAACAUUGAUGGACUCGAAUCGUUGGGCAGAGAUGUUUCCCUGUUUGGUUGCAAGAACUUCAACCACUGAAGUAAUAUCCGGCGGAAUAAAUGGAACCAGGAAUGGUGCUCUUGAACUAAUGCAUGCUGAGCUGCAAGUUCUUUCGCCAUUGGUGCCAGUUCGCGAGGUCCAUUUCCUCCGCUUCUGCAAGCAGCAUGCGGAGGGAGUGUGGGCUAUUGUGGAUGUUUCGGUUGAUACUCUCCGGGAAAAUUGUGGUGCGCCACACUUUGUGAAUUGUAGGAGGCUUCCCUCAGGCUGUGUAGUUCAAGACAUGCCUAAUGGUUACUCUAAGGUGACAUGGGUGGAGCACGCAGAAUACGAUGAAAGCCAAGUUCACGAGCUGUACAGACCCUUGUUAAGUUCAGGCUUGGGUUUUGGCGCGCAACGCUGGCUCGCCACCCUCCGGCGUCAAUGCGAAUGCCUCGCCAUUCUAAUGUCAUCAUCCGUUCCUUCACGAGACCAUUCUGCGAUUACCGCCGGCGGGCGGCGGAGCAUGCUGAAGCUAGCGCAGCGCAUGACCAACAACUUCUGCGCCGGCGUCUGUGCCUCGACGGUGCACAAGUGGAACAAGCUCAACGCCGGCAACGUUGGUGAGGAUGUUCGGGUCAUGACUCGCAAGAGCGUCGACGACCCAGGAGAACCGCCGGGGAUCGUGCUGAGCGCUGCAACGUCUGUGUGGCUGCCGGUGUCGCCGCCGCGACUGUUUGAUUUCCUCCGUGACGAAAGGCUCCGGAGCGAGUGGGACAUACUGUCGAACGGUGGGCCCAUGCAGGAGAUGGCCCACAUCGCCAAGGGCCAGGACCACGGCAACUGCGUCUCCCUCCUCAGAUCCAGCGCUAUGAAUCCCAGCCAGAGCAGCAUGUUAAUAUUGCAGGAGACCUGCAUCGACGCGUCGGGCGCGCUCGUAGUGUACGCGCCGGUGGAUAUCCCGGCGAUGCACCUGGUCAUGAACGGUGGCGAUCCAGCUUACGUGGCGUUACUCCCGUCAGGGUUCGUGAUCGUGCCAGACGGGUCCGGGCCACGUGGGUCGCAAACGCCGGUGAGAAACGGCGGCGGCAGAGCUAGUGGUUCACUCCUGACGGUGGCGUUCCAGAUACUGGUGAAUAGCCUGCCGACGGCGAAGCUGACGGUGGAGUCAGUGGAGACGGUGAACAACCUCAUCUCUUGUACGGCGCAGAAGAUAAAGGCCGCACUCCCCGGUGAAAGCUGAGUCACGUGAAACGUAAAUGACAAUUUUUUGUUUUAGAAGCUUUUCGAGGGUGGUAAAUGGCAUAUUGCAGCAGUGAGACGUGGAAUGGGGGCGCGUGGAGGGGAAGGGUGUUGAGUCAAGAACGAACCGUGCUGGCAGGGGUGCCGGUUCGGGUAUUGACUCGGAAAGAUCCAAUGUUUGCUCCACUAUUCACAAUCCCAAUGUAAACGGAAAAAAAGAAAAAACCAAAAUGAUAUUUUUUGUUUUGGGUUGAUGGUUGCAUUGAUUUUGUUUGAUGCGUCGUUUCAUUUGAUUGAGGCAGAUGCAGUUGUAAAUACUUAUUGAACAAUAAAAAAAUUAGGAAAAAAAAAGUUUUUUUGACUUUA